AUGAGCUGAUAGAAAGAGUGGCCGAUGCCUUGGACCAGGUGGAAGAAGAAGAAGUCACGUGGGGAGGACAGUUCAGAAAUGCAAUGACAGUGUCUCCAGAACCCGAUGACGACGGUAAUGAGGUGGAGCCCAAGUGGUACCAUUACGUCAUGCACUUCAUCUCCUUCUUCUGGAAAAUCUUCUGCUCCAUAAUACCCCCAACCACAGUUCUGGGUGCUUGGCCUUCGUUUGUUCUAUCACUGCUCUUUAUUGGGAUGAUGACAGCUUGCGUUGAGCAGCUUGGCAAACUAUUGGGUUGUGUGAUCGGCAUCAAGACGAGCGUGACGGGCAUCACCAUCAUCGCCCUGGGCACCAGUCUGCCCGACACCUUCGCCUCACGCACGGCAGCGCUGCAGGGGGAGAACGCAGACGCUGCCAUCGGAAAUGUCACAGGUAGCAACAGUGUGAACGUGUUCCUGGGCUUGGGUCUGCCCUGGGUGAUCAGCACCAUGUAUCAUCUGGCCAAAGGCACCGAGUACAGGAUCAAGUCCGACAACCUCACCCAGAGUGUCAUCAUCUUCUGCAUCUGUGGAACCAUCUGCCUCAUCUUCUUGUGUAUUCGGAGAAAG